AUGGCUCCUGAUGCGUGUGUGCUUCUGCAGCUGCUGGCUGCUGCUCUGGUGGCGGCGAUGUGCGCGGCGGCGGUGGCGGCAUCCACCCAGCAAGCUGCUCCUGCGCCGCGCGGCGGCCUGCGCCUGCUGCCGUUGAACUACCACGUGCUCACCCAGGGAAGGUACAAGAGGAACCAGCAGCUGACGUGCCCGGACCCCAAGACGAAGCAGCCAGGGUGCAUGGCCAGGUGCGAGUCCCGCUGCCCCGACCAGUGCAUCGUCGUCUGCCCCGGCUGCAAGACCUACUGCAUCUGCGACUUCUACCCCGGCAUGACGUGCGGCGACCCGCGGUUCACGGGCGGCGACGGCAACACCUUCUACUUCCACGGCAGCAAGGACCGGGACUUCUGCGUCUUCACCGACGCCGGCCUCCACAUCAACGCGCACUUCAUCGGCAGGCGCGACCCCGCCAUGAACCGCGACUUCACCUGGAUCCAGGCGCUCGGCAUCCGCUUCGCGCACCACCGCCUCUACGUGGGCGCCCACAACACCGCCAGGUGGAGCGGCAGCGACGUCGACCGCCUCGACCUGGCCUUCGACGGCGAGCGCGUCGCCAUCCCGGCGCACACCGGCGCCGCGUGGCGGCCCGCCGCCGCGCCUGCGCUCACCGUCACGAGGACGGCCGCGACCAACGGCGUGCGGGUGCGCCUCGAGGGGGUGCUCGACGUCGUGGCCAACGUCGUGCCCGUCAGCGAGGAGGACUCCAGCGUGCACGGCUACGGCGUGGCGGAGGACGACUGCCUCGCGCACCUGGACCUCGGGUUCAGGUUCCUCGACCUCACCGACGACGUGCACGGCGUGCUCGGGCAGACCUACCGCUCCGACUACGUCAGCCGGCUCAGCGUCACCUCCAGGAUUCCUGUCAUGGGCGGCGCGGCCGAGUACCUCUCCUCGGAUAUCUUCGCCACCGACUGCGCCGUCGCAAGGUUCGGCGACAACCGCCGGGACGGCAUCUCCAUGCUCGCCUCUGCCAGGGCCUAUUAA